AGUAGUUUUUUAUAUCGAUAUAUCUAGAAGAAAGCUUAUGUGAUAUCCUGGCGUGUGUGACAGCGAUAGCUGCAACAGAAUUAGCACUUUGUUUUAUAUAUUCGAGUGACGUUAACGUAGAUGAAGUGUGGUUCCAAAUUUAGAGGAGCAGAAUUUUUAAAAAAGCAUAACAGCAGUUUUUUCGUAUUUUUGUAGUUUUUUUUUCAUUAGCACGUAUUGUUAUGUUCUAGUGUUUAUAAAUAUCUCGCAUUAGCGAAAAAACUUUUCCAUGUCUCACAUGUUUGUCGUUGAUUAUAGAUUUUGAUCGAAUAUACUUAUUGCAUUAUCCAAUUUAUAUCUCUUUAUAUACCGUCAUAUACCUUUGUGUACCUAUCUAAAAUUUUCGAUAAACAAAUCGGUCAUUUAAUUUGAAUAUAUCUGUUCACAGAGUUCGCAAGUCAUUUUGCUCAUCAAACAAUAUUCUAUUUAAAAUCACCGACAAUGUACAAAGAAUUGUUUGAACAGUGGCCUGGCUCGCUUUAUAAACUGGUGAGCAAAUACACAUGAAGAGAGCAAUUGCAUAAUUUAUUUCAAACUUGCAGAAUCGAUGUGCGUGUCAGUAGGUAUUAGUGUUUACUUAGAAAAUGACUUUGUUCUUGGCAUUCGAAUUGUCGUGCGAGUUGAAGAGCAGUCGCGCGAGUCCCUCGUGUCUGAAUCAGUCGGUCCUCAAGAUCGAUAAUUGCGAUGAGGCACACGAUUGGCGCGCGAAUAAAACUUUAUUAUGCUUUAACAGAGCAGUCAGGUAAUUGUCGUGUGACACGAAUAACUGCUGUAAUGUGUACCGUUAUCUAACAAACUAAAUUGACUACUUUAUUUGCUGCGGUCGAUAUGAAGUAAAUGCAGUGUGGCUGCAAUCGCAAAUAUAUUGGCUCCGGGAUCGUUGUGCAUCGUGCUCGAGCUGGUUUUGUUGAGCUGACUUAUAAAAUCAGUAACAUUCCUACUAUCGACAAUCGCCAUAAAAGGAUGUUUAGCAGACUCGAUCUCUAUUUGAUUUUAAGUCCGAUUAUUUUCACGUGGGUAUCAUUUGAUUUCGUGUGCGGUCUAUUGAUUAGGCCGACUUAUGUGUACGAGGGUUUGAUCAAAAGUAUACAUGACUAUUUCAAUAACACAUGCAUCCUACUUCUGCACAAUUCUAAUGAGACAGGAAUCAUGGAAGAUGAACACAUGCUCUUUCUUCAGAAAUAUCUGAGCAUGAAUAGUUUUAUACGCACUGCUUUCAUGGAUUUUCGUAUGUUUAAUGAACGAGUUGGACAAAGUUUUUUUCACAUCAAGAGGCCUUUGUUCGUCCUAAUGAACGAUGCUUUAAGAGAUGAUUUUGCAUAUGAAAUGGCAUCGUGGAUCGCAAUGUAUUAUCCCACUUGGCUGGUAUUCUUCGGUAACGAGACCAGCAUCUCGGAAUUUUUCUUUGAGAUUUACGUGCCAUUUGACUGUAAGUUUAUGGUGGCUCAGUCUAGCCCAAACGUAACUGGUAGAGAGAUUAUCACCGAAGUCUAUCAAGUUGACAGAGGAAAAGAACUGAGAUCCAACCAGUUCGGUACAUGGGAUGUUCAGCACGGUCUGAAUGGUCCUAAACAUGGUCUAUAUUUUAGAAGAAACGAUCUUUUCGGACAGAAUAUACGUGUUACGUCGAUUCACGACCCUCCUCUCAGUAUGUUUCGUCGUAACGCACACGAUGAGAUAAUAGGAAUAGAUGGCUUUUUUGGGGAAGUAAUAUUCCUAUUGCAAGAAGCACUAAAUUGCACAUUCACUUACAAGGAGGCCGAAACAUGGGGCAUGUGUCUACCAAACCGUUCGUGUACAGGUGUGGUUGAGAUGUUAAAGAAUAACGAUGUUGAUUUUGCGGCAACGGAAUUCAUGAUGACCUCGGAUAGAUUAGAUGCUAUCAGUUUUACACAGCCUAUCUUCACAACCAAGUGUCGUACAUAUAUCAAAAGGCCUGCGAUGACCGAUUUAAAAUGGAAUGCUUACACGGCACCGUUCUCCGGGUCGAUUUGGGGCGCUAUCGUUUUUAUCAUCGUAUUUUCAAGCGGAUUGAUCGUGUUUAUUCAGAAAUUAUUUGCAUUCAUGUUACCGUAUCUUCAAAAUGAUCGUUCGAGAUUUACAGAAAUUUUAUUUUAUACUGUAGGAGCGUUUUGUAGUCAAGGUAUGAAACAAUCGAUGCUGGAUCCUAUAAGAAUGGUGCAGGUCGUAAUUCAUUUAUCAGCUGUCGUGAUCGUAGCAGCGUAUUCCGCUGCCUUAAUUAGUUAUCUUGCUGUUAAAACGUUCGUCAUGCCUUUUACGACUAUGGAUGGCCUACUGAGGGAUAAUACUUAUCGUUUUGGCGUGAUCAAAGACUCAGCUGAUUAUAGUUUCUUCCAGAACACAUCGGAUAGAACGAUGAGAGUGCUGUUUGAUCAGUUACUAAAAAAAGAAACUGAUUUGCCGAAUAAUGCUUUGGAUGGCCUAGGACGCGUUUGUAGGGAGAAGAAGUAUGCCUUUAUGAUGAUGGAUAGCACGGCAAUAUUGCUAAAGCCGAUGAUCAGCUGCAAGUUGGAGUCGUUGGAUGUUAUCACGCAGUCCACCAUAGCGAUGGCUCUGCAACCAAACAGUCCAUACCGUGGUAUCAUUAACAAAAAUAUUCUUGUAUUAAGAGACAGUGGAAUUCUGCAACGUUUAAUGCAGACGCAAUGGUCGAGCAGCCUAAACGAAAUAAAUGAAAAAUCAGGAUGGAAAUCGGUCGAGAUCGGCGACAUAGUGCCGCUACUGCUUUUAAUAAUUAUUACGUUGUUCAUCAGCUAUUUCAUCUGCGUUGUGGAACAAGUUAUCUACAAAGCAAUGUCUAAUCAACGAAUCAAGCAACAAGUCAAUGAUCCGCGGCAGCUGGACAUAAAUAUGAUGUUACGUCGCUACAAAAAAUUUUUAACCCAGAAAUAACCAUUCCAUUCUUUUUUUCGUAAAUGAUCAGCUGGGAUGUUUUUUACACCCUAAUUAAAAGUCAUUAUUAUUAACUACAUAUUGUAUAUUAUUGAUUGUACUACAAUUUAUCUAAUUUAUUAUGUAUAUAAACUUAGUCAAUAUUUUCUGAAGAAACAUUUUUCAUGUCUAUCUUCUAUUUUUCUUGUUUUCACAUGCAAAGUAAAGAACGGUUAAAUUAUUUUAAAUUUCGAAUUCUUCGUGUCGUGUAUGCGAUCUCAUAUAGUUUUGUUUACAACGGUGCGGUCACAGUAUACGCUGUGGGGGGCAAAACUCGUAGGCUAUAGAAUUUGCUGAUUUCCCUGGCAGUCGUUUCCAGAGUUUACCAAGCGAUAAGUCAAGUUAAAGUCACGUCUCUUGCUAGUGUUUCUAUCGAGUACCGAGAAUCUUUUGUCUCUUCUAUUGAAUAAUUGUAAUAUAUAAUUACGUGCUUGCAAGUAUUUCUAGCUGCUGAGUCAUGUCGUCGAAGUUUCGUGUGUCGGAAUAUCAGAAAGAGUUAGAAGAGAAGUACCGUAUGUCCAUGAAUAAAGAAAAUGUGUACAGUGUGCAAAAUGGCAAACUCGAAGGCAAAAGCGAAGGAAAGAGGAAAGGCUUAUCGUGGAACGCGGAAAAUCGUGUCGUUCGUAGGACAACGUCGAUGCAAAACUUUUUCGUCGGCCAACCAAAGUUCCAGAUUUAUCACGAUGGCAAUGACGAGAAUGUCCGAUCACGCCCUCGUGUGCGAAAAGAUGUAUGCAGAAAAGAGAUCAGAGCAAGAGGAUCAGAGCAAGCCCAAACGGAAAACCCGAAUAACAAAAAGCCCGAAAAGACAAUUGUGUCGACAACUGAAGCAGCGGCAGUCAAAAUUGAUUCU